GACCUGAUUUAAAGUAAUGAACUCAUCGGUAGACUAGGUUUUAACUUAUGCCAAUUUCAACCCAACAAGCGGCAGAAGCAGUUAAAAACGCAGAUUCCGCUUCCUGCUUCGACAUGGCUAAAGUACUAAUGCCGGGUCAACUAGUGAAAUCCAACAUUGCCCCAGAACUGAUCCAGGGCUACUACGCCAAACGAGGAAGUUCGUUCGAAGAAGAAGAAGAAGCGAGGAAUAUUUCGAAGGUAUACAAAAGUGGGCGCCUCGAUAAAGAUAUCGGCAUAUUGGUGAAACCAGGUGAAUCUAAAUCAAGGCCCUUACUAGUGCAAUUGGGAAAACCUCUGGGAACUUUUUUCCCGCCUUCUCACGGACCUUUCAGUGCACUAACUCCAAGUAUGUGGCCGCAAGAUAUUUUAAGUGUGUUGACACAAAGUGAAAAGUACAGAAUGUCCCCCGAGUUCAGGUACGAUGAGUUCGGGUUUCGCGAGGACCGCGAAGACGACGCUGAGCCGAACAGCAAUCAGUUGCUAAGCGAACCGUUGAACGAUGAUCCAAAUUUGGUUCUCAGAUGGGUUGCGCAUUUGGAGUUUACGUGCAAUCAUGACAUGGGUGAUUUAACGUGGGAUAAGGUCGAUGACAUUUUGCCUAAAUCUGAGAAGCUUCGCAUGCUGGUGAAAGAAGGGAUCCCACAUUGCAUGCGACCUCAAAUUUGGUCUAGACUGGGAGGAGGCAGACUAAAACAAGUCAAGUCUGAGAUAUCGUAUGUAGAAAUUGUGAAGCACUCGACAGACGACAACCUGAUUUCAUCUCGCCAAAUCGAGAAAGACUUGCUAAGGACGCUGCCAAACAAUGCACUGUUUUCUGCAAUGUUAUCCUACGGUGUUCCUAGGCUGAGACGUGUUCUAAGAGCUCUGGCCUGGCUCUACCCUGAGAUUGGGUAUUGCCAGGGAAUGGGAACAAUUGUCGCAACUUUCCUUCUAUUUAUGGAAGAGGAAGAAACGUUCUGGAUGGUUGCUGCAAUAAUUGAAGAUAUUGUACCGGCAUCUUACUACACACAUUCACUUCUAGGCGUACAAGCUGAUCAGAAAGUUUUGAGACACUUAGUGAUGAAUUAUCUACCUGAAAUCGACAUUCAUCUAAAAGAGUAUGACAUUGAGUUGUCUCUCAUCACGUUGCACUGGUUCCUGACCCUGUUUUCUGGAGUCUUACACAUGAAAGUUCUACUGCGAGUGUGGGAUCAGUUAUUCUAUGAAGGAUCCGUUGUUCUGUUUCAAAUAACUCUUGGCCUGCUAAAAAUGAAUGAAAAUGAGAUUUUGGAACAAGACAACACCGCGCAGAUAUUCAACCUACUGUCCAAGCUACCAGAAAUGAUUACAGAUGUUGACAAAGUUCUUCAAAUUGCAUCCAAAACUGCUGGAUCAUUGACUGAAGUUCUGAUCGAGACGCAACGACGAAAACAAAUGGCUGUAGUUAUCGAGGAGCAUAAAUCUAAAGGUCAUGAACUGGAUACUGAAGGAGCAAGUAAGCAAGUUGUAAGUCGGAGACAAAUGCGAAGACCAAAAUCGAUGAUCAACUUAUUCUUUAGCUCAAAUGACCUCGAAAGUGAAAAGGUGAAAAAUAUCCAACAGACGGAAAUCAUCACCGAUCUAAGAGAUUCAGUGCAGCAAAUCGCGAGGCACUUUCAGGCCACAGAGAAGAAGUACAAAACCUUGUCUAUCGUCGCUGACUACACUUUAGAAUCACAUCAGAAAGACCAUGAAAGGUAUCUGAAGAUUGCAAGAAACAGACGACGAAGAGCGAAAGCGUUGCUCGAUUUCGAGCGCCACGAUGAUGACGAGCUUGGCUUCAAACGAAAUGAUAUCAUCACUAUAAUCUCAAUGAAAGAUGAACAUUGCUGGGUUGGAGAAUUAAAUGGAGUGCGAGGUUGGUUCCCAGCUAAAUUUGUUGAAUUGUUGGAUGAACGAAGCAAACAAUACACACAUGCUGGAGACGAUUCAGUAACAGAUACUAUUACAGAUCUGGUGCGAGGACACUUAUGUCCUAAUUUGGACAAGUUCUUUCGCCAUGGAAUGAAGCAAGCCAUGAUUGGCCAUGAAUGUCAUCCAUGGUUAUUCGUAGAAGAAGCUGCCAUAAAAGAAGUUGAGAAAGACUUCAACUCUGUUUACUCUCGUUUAGUGCUGUGUAAGACGUAUCGUUUAGACGAAGAUGGUAAAGUCCUAACUCCUGAGGAGUUAUUAUACCGUUCAGUGCAGUCGAUCAAUCAAACUCAUGAUACAGUGCAUGUAGGCAUGGAUGCGAAAUUCAGAUCCUGGGUCUGUCUAGGCUUGAACGAACAAGUUCUUCACAUCUGGCUGGAAAUUUUGGCAUCGUGUGAAACGGUCACAGGCAAAUGGUUCAACAGAGGCGCAUUCAUGAAUUCGCCAGGAUGGGUUCAAAUUAAAUGUGAAUUAAGAAUCCUUUGUGAGUUUGGAUUCAAUUUACACGUGCAUACCGAGCUGCCGAGUAAAGCAGCUAAAGAUAAUAUGGCACUGAAGACCAUUACAAAUGCACCUGGGUCUAAAAGGUCGGACUCAUCAACUAGUUCAAAUAAACCAAUGAAAGAGGGCGUUAGAGAUUUGCUGGUAAAGCAUCAUCUGUUUUCAUGGGAUCUGUAGUUCGAUUAAAUUAGUGCUAAAAUGUCAGAGGUUAAAUAUAUUUAAAUCAGUCAAUCUCCAAACUUUAAUAGAUGACCUAUUUAUAGAGUUGAAUUUGUAAAACUAUUAUAUGAUAAUUCGUACAUGAUUAGAGCUUCUAAGUUUUAAGAACCGUUUCGCGGGAAGUUAAUUUUCUAGUUUUCCAGAAUUGGCUCAAAUUAAGCACUAACAACAUCACAAGAAGAAAUCAUUGUCGAAUAUAAGUUUAAGUGUAAAUUUUCGAAUGUCUUGCAAUUGUCAAUAGGUAAUUUAUGAAUCAAUAAUCCUACAUUACUUGAUUUCAUAUCAGUAUAUUCUGUGUUCUGUUUGUAAAUGUUAGCAA